UGCGGCUCUCUCCACUGCACUGAUUCUUAAAGCCAUCAGUCAGGCGGCGUCAGCGUGUGGGUUGUUGAGUAAAUCACAAAGAGACUGCUGCUCAACCAGGAAGUAAAUCACACAAGUCUUGUAUUUUCUCACUCUGAUCUCAGGGCGUCACCAGGUUACCCUGCUACAGAACUAAAGAUGGCAUUAUCUGAAUCCCAAGCACCACCCGACGCCCAGCAUUAUUUGGUGUGUGGCACUGAAGACUGUGAGAAGAACUGCCAGUUUUAUUGCAAUGACUGUCACCAACCAAUGUGUGAACAAUGCAGAGAUAAACACCAGAAGAAUAAGAAAACCAAGAACCAUGAAGUGGUCCAUUAUAAACAACGCAAACGUCGAAUUCCUGUAGAGAAAUGCAAAAUCCACCCCACAAAAGACAUAGAACUUCUCUGUGAGGAAUGCCAGAUUCCUAUUUGUUCUAAAUGCACAGCCACAAAAGAACAUCGCGACCACGUUUUUACUGACCUAAACAUUGUCUUUGCUGAAAAGGUAUCGCAAUAUCAAGAGGAAAUUGACAAAAUUCGAAAUUAUUUUGAGCCAGUUUCUCAAGACGUGAAAAUGGAAAUUGCUGGAGAUGUCACAGAAAUAAAGAAGAUCAUGGAAGGUAUAAGAACAGCAAUGGGGGCUGAAGCUGAGUCUGUGAAAAGAAUGGUUGAUGCAGUCACAUCAGAUAAUAUAGAACAAGUCAACAAAAUAGAACAGUUAUCAUUAGAAACAUUAAACGGCCAAAACCAAGAAAUAGAUGACUACAUCAACUAUCUCAAUGAUUUAAUCCAAACGUUUUAUGGUUACCUAUCUCCCUCAUACAUAGAACAAAUAACAUUUGCUCUCAAAUCAAAAAGCCUUAAUAUUCGACCUGUGCCAGAGACAUCCAAACCAGUCCCACCCGUAUUUACUGCUGGUCAACAUAGCAAGGAAUAUGUCGCCAAAUUACUUGGUAUAAUAACUGUUCCCAACCCAAAAGCAGAAAACAGAAAAAUAAAACCCAUGGAGACUGCCUCUACACAGUUGAAAUCUACAGGGAAACAGAGGAAACAAGACAGAGAGAAAUCUGACGUGAAACAAACACUGUCUCUGUCUUCCUCUGCCACCAAGGUCAGGGAGUACACAGUACCAGGUGUUGAUCGUUUAUUUCAUAUAUCACUAGGUAAAUCAGGCAGACUCUGGGUCAGUGAUUGGAAUGGUAACCUUGUCCAAACAGAUAUACAGGGGAAUCAGCUACAGAAGAUACAAACCAGUAGUGAAGAUGAAGGCUACCACACAGUCACACAGGACGGGAAUCUGAUCUAUACAGACAAACGCAACAGAAUCAUCAAUAGGAGAACACCGGAUAAUACAAUCACUGAAUUCAUUAAAACAGAAGACUGGACACCACUCAGUAUACACUCCUCCCAUACCAACGGGGACAUACUGGUGGGGAUGCAAAAGGCUGGAGAGCCCUCUAAAGUCACCAGGUACAACAAGACAGGGACAGAAAUACAGAACAUACAGAGAGACAACAAAGGACAGGGACUGUAUAGUACACCACACUACAUCACAGAAAACAUCACUGGUGAUGUCUGUGUAUCAGACUAUAGCAAACAUGCUGUAGUGGUGGUGAAUAAAUCAGGACAACACAGGUUCUCCUACACAGGUCAGGGGUCAAGGUUUGAUCCCUAUGGAAUUUGUACUGAUGUACUCGGUCACAUCCUGGUGUGUGAUGCUAUCAGUGACACAGUUCAUCUCCUGAAUCGGGACGGUCAGUUCUUGUCUCUACUACUCACAUCACAAAAAGAGGUAGAGGAUCCCCGUAGUGUGUGUGUGGAUGAUGAGAACAAUCUUUGGGUGGGACAACGGUGGUUCACCAACGCAGUGACAGUGUACAAGUAUCUACAGUGAACUUAUACAUGUAUGUCCAUACAAUAACUAGGUUCUGUGUGUGUGUUGUGAGACAAUGUAACAACAACACUGUGAUAGUGUACAGUUACUGGUAUCUACAGUGUACAUUGAAGUACAUGUACAUCAUUUAUGUAACCAUGUUUAUUCGUAUAUGUA